AUCUCGAGCAAUGUCGUUCAACCCCCCCUAAGUGGACGUGCUGAAGCCGUAGCAUUGGUAUCUGAAGCAUCCCAAUGCCUGUCCGAAAACGCAAGUCUGCUGCAGCUGCAGCUACUGAAGAGGGUGCAGCGGCCCCCGAAGAAGAACCUGCAAUUCGUCGGCGCUCGCUGCGCGUCAGUUCCACCGGGCAGAAGAGCAAGUACUUCGAGGCCGAUUCAGACUCGGAUGCGAAAGAAGAGAACACACCGAAAAGGGGGCGCGGCAGGGGCAGGCCGGCCAAAAAGGCGAAGGUUGCCGCCGAGUCGGAUGAGGAUGGAAAUGGGUACAAGGGAGAAGAAGAAGCAGGGGAAGCACAGAAAGCAGCGGCCAAGGCUGAUGAGAGCGACGAAGAGUUCGAUGAGGAUGCCCCGCCCAAGGUUACCUUCAUCCCGCUGCCCAAGCUGCGCGACACGGGCGGCAUCGAGUACGCCGAUGACCGGCUGCAUCCCAACACGCUGACCUUUCUCAAGGACCUCAAGGCGAACAACAAGCGGUCGUGGCUGAAGUCCAAUGAUGCCGAGUACCGCCGCGCCCUCAAAGACUGGGAGUCCUACGUGAUGACCCUGACCGACAAGAUCAUCGCCGCAGAUCCCACCAUCCCUGAGCUGCCCUUCAAGGAUGUCAACUUCCGAAUCUACCGCGACAUCCGCUUCAGCAACGAUCCCACGCCUUACAAGCCACACUUCUCGGCCGCCUUCUCGCGCACCGGCCGCAAGGGUCCCUACGCCUGCUACUACGUCCACGUCGAGCCCUCGGCUAGCUUCGUCGGCGGAGGCCUGUGGCACCCGGACGCGGACGCCCUGAGCAAGCUGCGCGCCAGCAUCGACGAGCGCCCGGCGCGGUGGCGGCGCGUCCUGUGCGAGCGGCGCUUCCGCCAGACCUUUCUCGGUUUUGACUCCGACCAGGAACGGGCCAACAGCAAGAAGAAAAAGAAGGGACGGAGGAAGUCGGCUAAGGAUGCGGGCGAGGAUGCGAACGGGGACGACGGGGAUGGGGAGGCUGCGGCGGAUGUGGAGGAGAGGGCGCUGAGGGCGUUUGCCGAGAGGAACAAGGAGGGGGCGCUCAAGACGAGGCCGAAGGGGUUCAUACCCGAGCAUAGGGACAUGCAACUACUGAAGCUGAAGAACUUUGUGGUCGGCACCAAGAUCGCCGAUUCUGUCCUUACCGACCCGAGAGGUCAGGAGGAGGUGGCGAGGAUCAUCGGCAACAUGGUCGGGUUUAUUACGCAUCUGAAUCGGAUCGUCAUGCCGGAUCCCGGCGACGACGACGACUCGGACGAGGAUGAUUAAAAAUUGGGAGAGUGGUGGGGAAUAAUCAAAACUCGGGCCGGGCGAAUAGGGGUGGGUGGUUUGUGUGUGAUGCAACUAUAUCGAAACAGGCUUGUCUGGACAGCGAUACCUCUCUUUGUAGCCGUAUCAACUCCUUGCAACUUUGUUC